UGGGCUCAUCAGCUGCGGUUCCACCUACGGGCGAAGGCCCGGAAGGCCCCAAAAGGCCCCGAAGGCCCCGGCCUGCGAGGACCGCGAGGACCGCGAGACCGCCAUGGCGGCGGCGGCCGCUGCAGCGGUGAAACGGCGACAGGAAGUGGAGGCAGCCAUUGCGGCUGGCGAAAUCCACCCUGUGUCGCCCACCCCAGCGCCCAAGCGCCGCAAUUCCCUUCCGGAUGAAGUCCAUGGGGGGUUCUGGAAAUAUCAGCGGAGAGUGGCCGUGGCGUAUGUGAAUGUGAAGGCGCAGCUCGCAGUGGCUGCGUUGAUCUGCGGGAAUUUCUUGGUGAAUAUCAUGGAGAAAUGGAUUGAUCCCUGUGGAGACAAGCACAAGGAUGUCUGGCGAGGGACGGAUUUGUUCUUCAAUCUGAUUUUCUUUAUGGAGCUGUUGAUAAACAUGUACGGUUUUUGGUUCAUUCGUUUCUGGACCUCUGCAUGGAACGUCUUUGACACCGUCGUGGUGUCAAUUGGCGUGCUAGACAUUUUCCAAGUGCCCCUUCCGGGACCGCUGAGUUUGCUGCGGAUGAUGCGCGCCUUUCGAGUUUUUCGACUCUUCAAGCGAGUGAAGUCGCUCAAGAAGAUUCUCGAUUCUUUGGCGCACGCGCUGCCAUCACAUGUCAAUUCAUUUGGUAUUUUGUUUCUCGUGAUGUGUAUUUAUGCGAUCCUGGCUGUCGACUUCUUCAUGAACUAUGGAGUUGACGGAUAUUAUGUGAACAACCUUCAGGAGUCGAUAGAAGUGACCACAGGGCGCGGUCUCACGUUUGGCUACGACUACUUUGGAAAUUUUGGUUUAUCUUUGUUCACCAUGUUUCAAGUGAUUACAGGAGAUUCCUGGUCCGAGGCGGUUGCUAGACCCUUGGUGUAUGGCGAGGAUAGCUUCCUAGCCUUUGGAAGCAUCCUAUAUUUCAUUUCGUUUCAACUGCUUUGUGGAGUUGUGUUGAUCAAUGUUACCAUCGCCAUCCUCCUGGAGAAGAUGGUGGAUGACGGGUCUGAAAAGAUGGAGGAGGCUCAGAGAAAUGCUUACUUAGCACAAGAAGCUGCCCGGCUGGGCCUUGAUGAGGGUCUACGGAUAGCAGCUGAUGAUGUUGGUGCAGUGAAUCCUAGUGACUGGCAGCUGGAGAGCGAUGAGUGCGGUUCAGACGUCCUUCAAUUUGAGGGAGAGGUCAAUCAAAUGAGACGAGACAUGUCAGUACUCAGACAAGGCUUGAAAGACGUCCUCUUCGCUUUGAAGACUGAAUCGCACAAGCUUCCCAUCCACACAGCAGCUGUGGAUAGGAGUUCCCCAGCAGUGGCUACAGAGCUUGAGGCGCUUGAGGUAGCAUCAGUCACCAGCGACAGGGAAUUCAAGGAAUGACCUCAAGUUGUGGCGGGUGUGACGGUGGAUGAGCUUUAUCUGAC